AUGACAUCUAUGUGGAAGGAUUUCGAGAAUAUCGAAUACAGAUUUCGAAAGAGUCGAAUUUGUCACGGCAAGCUUGCUGACCCGCCCUCAGAACUUGAAGGACAUCAGAAAUGUUGCAAAACCUUUGAGCAAUCUGGCGACUGGCCAAUGGAUAAUUACGAAGAGGGUGACCUUUUGGAGCAUUUCGGAAGCGUGGGCUCAGGUGGCGCAGGCGCCCGUACCAGAGCAAGAAGCUCCUCAUGGUCUGAAUUUGCUAAAGGAGGCGCACACCGGCCGUCACCAGCAGGGUGGCCCGGGCGUCCCACGGCCGCGGCAACACUCCAGCAGCGAAUCGAAUUCCUCCUAAAAUGCUCAGAAGAGGCAGGGUUCAAGGAUUUCGACACAGCUAUUCACAACUAUUAUACGGCAAAACCAGAUGGCCCCAUCUGGUCAGGGGCCCGCGAAUCGAGUGAGAGGCAUGGGCUGUCUGAGCUUCUUAUAGAAAUCUGUGCAGGGCGCCAAAAUUGGGCCGGCGAUCAAGCUCAUCGUUGUACAGAUCAGGUUCUGCACUCGGCAGAGGAGGUCCUGCUUUCCGAGCUUCGCGUAUUUACCGAGUCCGAUGGGAUGGAUUUCAUGAACGUUUUGAAGUCGUACGGCCUUAGAUCACAGUCAAUAGACUGGAAACACACGGCCAGUAUUCUCCAAAUAAAGGUACGGUAG